AUGUCGAUGAACUUUGAAAAUUGCAGCGAGGUCCGGGAAGGCUUUCCUAAGCCCUUCCCAAAUAUUCCGGCAAAUGUUGUGCAGCAAUUCAGCAUGAGCGGAAAGGUAGUCGUGGUGACGGGCGCAGCUGAUGGGCUGGGCUAUGCCGCCGCCGAGGCCAUGGCCGAGGCGCAAGGCAACGUUGCCUUCUGGUACAACUCGAAUGAUGCUGCCAUUAUGAAAGCUGAAGCGCUCGCAAAGCAGCACGGCGUCAAGGCCGCCGCCUACAAGGUUGAUGUUUCGGACCCUGUCCAAGUGGAAGCAACGGUUGCCAAAGUCAUUAACGAUUUUGGCAAGAUUGAUGUUUUUGUGGCAAAUGCUGGCAUGGCCAUCUCGAAACCGAUUCUAGAGCAAACUUUGCCCGAGUUUGACAAGCAAAUGUCUGUAAACGUCAAUGGGGUCGUGUACUGCGCCAACCACAUUGUCAACGUCCCCACCGACCAGCCCGUAUACAACGGCACAAAGGCCUUUGUCACGCACUUUGGCAAGUCUCUGGCCCGCGAGUGGCGCGACUUUGCUCGCGUCAACAUUGUCUCGCCGGGUUUCUUUGACACGAAAAUGGGCGCCAGCCCGGCCGCCGUCAACGAGGCCUACCGCAUGGCUGUGCUGGGACGCCAAGGCCAUGUCCACGAGAUUAAGGGAAUUUUCUUGUAUCUGGCAAGCUCGGCAUCGUCAUACAUGACCGGAUCGGAUGUGUUGAUUGACGGCGGAUACGUUUUGCCUUGA